GAAAGCGAUCCUACUUUGGAGUGAUUCUCUAAUCCAUCGAAUAAUAUAAGAAAAGCUGCAAUUCGCCUCUUUAUUUAUUUUUCCGAAAUUCUCAACAUAUCUUCUUCAAAUGUAGCCGUUAUACCAGCCAUCAUAAUCAAACCCAAAUCCGCACUUUGCCAUUUUCUAUUUUUCUUCCUUCCUUGCUCACUUUGUCUUCCUCACUUUGAUGGUCGUAGUUUGGAUCAGGUCGGCGUGUUGCUGUUGCUGCGGCCCCUAAACUUUACUCAAGGAUCGAACAAGUUGGGAGAAUGGAGAGGGGUUGUUUGAUGAUGUUGGUUACAGCGGUUGUGGUGGUGGUGUUGGGUUGUUGGAGUGUUGAAGGGCUUGGUGUGAACUGGGGAACCAUGGCGACGCAUAAGUUGCCGCCGGAGAAAGUGGUGCAGAUGCUCAAAGACAAUGGCAUUCAGAAGGUCAAGCUCUUUGACGCCGAGCAGUCUACCAUGAGUGCUCUGGCUGGCACUUCCAUUGAGGUCAUGGUUGCCAUUCCUAAUGAUCAACUUCAGGCUAUGACUAACUAUCCGCGUGCCAAAGAAUGGGUCCGACGCAACGUUACUCGUUACAAUUUCAAUGGAGGAGUUAACAUCAAGUAUGUUGCUGUUGGGAAUGAGCCUUUCCUCACAUCGUACAAUGGUUCUUUCCUGAAUAUCACCUUCCCAGCUCUCCAGAACAUUCAAAACGCCCUUAAUGAAGCUGGGGUUGGAGAUACUAUAAAGGCUACUGUGCCCUUGAAUGCAGAUGUCUACAACUCACCAGAAGCCAAUCCUUACCCAUCUGCAGGAACGUUCCGGAGUGAUAUCAGUCAACUGAUGACGGCUAUUGUCCAGUUCCUUGAUAAAAAUAAGGCGCCAUUCACCAUAAAUAUUUACCCUUUCCUAAGUCUAUAUGGAAAUGAUGGCUUCCCUUUCAAUUUUGCCUUUUUUGAUGGGGAUGCAGCUCCUGUGGUUGACGCCACCACUGGGAUUCAAUACACCAAUGUUUUUGAUGCUAAUUUUGAUACCUUGGUUUCUUCAUUGAAAGCUGUUGGAUUUGGGGAUAUGCCUAUAGUAGUAGGGGAGGUGGGAUGGCCAACAGACGGGGACAAGAAUGCCAAUGUCGGUAAUGCUUACAGAUUUUAUAAUGGGCUUCUAGCAAGACUUGGAUCCAAUAAAGGCACCCCUCUGCGACCUGGAUAUAUAGAAGUCUACCUGUUUGGUCUCAUCGAUGAGGAUGCAAAGAGCAUUGCCCCUGGAAGCUUUGAGCGUCAUUGGGGAAUUUUCAGUUAUGAUGGACAACCAAAGUUUGCAGUUGAUGUUUCUGGUCAGGGUCAAAACAAGUUACUAAUGGGUGCAAAGAAUGUGCAGUAUCUUGAAAAGAAAUGGUGCAUGUUCAAUCCAAAUGCCAAAGAUCUGAGCAAGCUUGCAGACAACAUAAAUUACGCUUGCACUUUUGCAGAUUGCACUGCACUUGAAUACGGGUCUUCUUGCAACAUUUUGGAUGCUAAUGGGAAUGCUUCAUAUGCAUUUAAUAUGUACUAUCAGGUUCAGAAUCAGGAUGAUCUAUCCUGCAACUUUCAAGGUUUGGCGACGGUGACAACACAGAACAUCUCACAAGGGACUUGCAAUUUCAUUAUUCAGAUAGCUUCUUCAUCCACGUUUUCUUUAAGAUCCUCCCCGCUGUUAGGUUUAGUACUCAGUGUACUCUUCUCAAUACUGUUGCUAUAAAUUUCUGUUGCUAUAGUCCAAUUUUGUGUUAAAUGAUACAUUGAUAUUUAUUGCCUUUUGCAAGAAAUAAGCGGUUUUCUGACUUUGUAUGCUUAUUUCUUAGAAGUAUAUUUCGGGACUGAUGCAUA